AUGCGGUUGCUUCGACAGGAUCAGAAUUACAAGCAGAGGGAAAAUGCUGCGAACAGGGAAGCAAUGAAAAAACGCAGGGCUUCCGAUGAAGGCUACAAAGUAAGAGAAAGGAUUGCAGAUGCUGAAGCUAAACAACAACGACGAGCGGUGGACUUGGAAUACAGGGAAAGAGAAAGGAUUGCAAAUGCUGAAGCAAUGCAACAACGUCGACAAUCGGAUAUUGAAUACCAAGAAAUGGAAAGGAUUGCAAAUGCCGAAACAAUGCGUCAGCGUCGACAGACGAACAUUGAAUACCAACAAUUGGAAAAGAUUGCAAAUGCCGAAGCAAUGCGGCAACGUCGACAGAUGGACUGUCGAGAAUCGGGAAGGCUUUCAGACGCCGAGGCAAGGCAACAGCGACGGGCGGCAGACCCUGAAUUCCAAGAGAGAGGAUGCAAAUGCUGA